AAAAAAAAACGUGAAAGUGGGGUCUCUUAUGCGAAAGUGCAGGGGCAGGGUCACUUUUGGGUGGGUGACCCGUGUGGGACCGCGGUUGGCUUGGCAACAGCAGGCCAACGGAACGCCUUUUCAUUCAAAGGGGCGGAGAGAGGCUAGACGGAAACAAGACCGACAGGUGAACUGAUUGUUUAGUGUGGCGUCAGAAGUUUGGUUUUCACGAACGCGUUGUCAUGAAGUGAACUCUGACGUCCGGAGGAAAGCGAAGACCUUCCAAAAAUGGAGUGCGACACGAUAGACGCGGCUCGCUCGACGCCCACUCGCCACGAGAAAAGUUUGGGUCUCCUCACGAUGAAGUUUGUUGGUCUUCUCCAAGAGGCCAAUGAUGGCGUCCUCGACUUGAAAAUGGCCGCAGACAGCUUGGCAGUGAAGCAGAAAAGGCGCAUAUACGACAUCACCAAUGUCCUGGAAGGCGUGGGCUUGAUUGAGAAGAAAAACAAAAAUGUCAUCCAGUGGAGGGGCGAGAACAAGGGAAGUCAGAAGCAGGAAGUUCUUGACCAGGUUAGGCUUCUGCAAGCCCAGAUUUCUGAGUUGGAAGCCCAAGAGAAAGAGCUGGACAAGCAGAAGAUCUUACUGCAGGAGAACACGGAAUUCAUGAACCACGAUUCCGGUACCAGCAAAUAUCCUUGCGUCAUCGGUGAGGGUUUAUCAAAGAAGAUGCUGGAAAGCAGAAUGGAAAUGUAUCUUGAAGAGGUAGCAUCACAGUGGCUGUCUGGAAAAAAUGCCGGGGCGCGUGCAGUGAUGGGAAUAUCCCACUUUCAUUGAUUUCUGUGCGAAAACCAAAGAUGGCUGACGUUUUCUUUCUACUCUGAUGCAGCAGUUUUUCAGGAAGAGGCCAUUGAUGGAUAUUGUCACUCAACCGUUAUGCAUGGUCAUGUUUGUCCUCUUUGGGACUACUGACUCAGUCAUUUCACUCUCAAAACAAAAAUCCCAUCUUGAUCCUC